AUGUUCAUACGUUAUGCAGGUAUUCCAAUACUAUGCAUUAGCUUAUUUGGUUGUAUGAUGAAUGCAAUGGUGUUUUCAAGUGGACGCUCGUAUCGAACCAAACCAUGCACAUUCUUUCUGAUGGUAGCAGCCAUUGCAUCGUGUGUACAGUUAAUAUGUGCAACAUUAUCGCGUAUUCUGGCAUAUGGUUUUAACAACGAUUUAACCGCUUUGUCAUUGACUUGGUGUAAAAUAAAGCAGCAUUUUGUUGCAACUUGCUAUGGCAUAUCUGUGACAUGCUUUUGGUUAGCAACUCUUGAUCAGUUUCUAAUAACAUCACGAGCUGUCUUUCUACGACGAUUGAGUAGGAUCGAGUGGGCUCAUCGUAUCGCCGCUGCUGUCAUUGUUCUGUGGAUGUUGCAAGAUGUACCGUUCUACAUCUUUGUUGACAUUCGGUCGAAUGUCUGCGGUAUUUACAAUUCAUUUUGGCAAACUUACAAUACUUACGUUUGCUUUUGGUUUUUAUAUAUGACAAUUCCGAUUGUCAUAAUGAUCAUAUUUGGUUCACUUGCCUAUCGAAAUUUACGUGGUUUGACAAGCGUGCAACUGCAAGGUGCUGAUCAGCAACUUACCUUGAUCAUUUGUGGGCAGAUAGCUACGAUUAUAAUCACUGUUUUACCAACAUGUAUUUAUAAUGCUUACUCACAAAUAACGAUCACUGCAAACAAAAGUGCUGAACAGAAGAGUUUAGAGUUUUUCAUUGCAAAUAUCAUUAGUUUUUUAGCAGCUAUUGGACUCGGAGGUACUUUCUAUAUAUUUCUCAUUAUUUCAAGCACUUUUCGUCGACAAUGUAAGCGGUGUCUAUUUUACUUUUGUUUAAAUUCAAAAGUUGCCGUAGCACCUACGAAUAACAGUACAAGUGUCAGACAACGUACAAAAAACUGA